GCUUUUCGAUCUCAGCGCCUCCAGACAGUAAUAACCACUUUAUGAAAAGUGCUCCCUGGUUUCUGUCAUCGAGUUUUGUCGUUAAAUAUCUAUGUUUUGUUUGUGAACGGGCGACUUCAUGGCUGCGGCAGGACCCCGGGACUUCUCCGAGCGAGAAGGCCUGUCCUCAUCACAGCCUCACUACGGCUCAACGGACAGCAGCGGCGAGCACGAGCCGCCGGGCAACAGCCGUGGCGCCAACUGCAGCGACCACACGUUCCCCGCCGCCGCCGUGGGCCACUGGGCGGCGGCCGAACGGGAGGAGGACAUCCGCAGGAAGCUGAAAUACUUCUUCAUGAGUCCUUGUGACAAGUAUCACGCCAAAGGCCGCAAGCCGUUCAAACUGAUCCUGCAGCUGCUCAAGAUCGUCAUUGUCACGGCUCAGCUCGUGCUGUUUGGCCUCAGCAACCAGGUGGUGGUGACCUUCAAGGAGGAGAACACCAUGACCUUCAAGCACCUCUUCCUCAAGGACUACGACGAGUCCUCGGACGACUCCUUUUCCGUUUACACGCAGCAGGAUGUGUACGACCACAUCUUCUACGCCGUGGAGCAGUACCUGGCGUUACCGGACACCACGGUGGGCCGCUACGCGUACGUCUACGACGUGGGCGUGAACGGCAGCGCCCUCUCCCUCUGCCAGCAGUACUACAGGAAGGGCAGCAUCGACCCGGCCAACGACACCUUCAGCAUCGACCCGACCGUCAUGACAGACUGUGUGGGCGUCAACCCUCUGUCCACCCCACCGAAGCCGCUCACCAGCAGCUACAAGAACUUUACGCUCAAGUUCCACAAGUUCAUUAAUGUUACGAUAGAUUUCCAGCUGAAGGCGAUCAAUAUACAAACCAUCAUCAACAAUGAGAUCCCAGACUGCUACACCUUUUCCAUAACGAUCCUUUUUGAUAACAAGGCUCACAGUGGAAAGGUGAAGAUCCAAUUACACAACAAGGCAUCAAUAAAGGAGUGCAAGGACCCGAGCGUCUCGGGACACGCGGAGAACUACACGAGGGUGGCGUUCGACGUGGCCGUGGCUCUGGUGUGCAUGCUGUCGCUGCUGUUGUGCGGCCGCUCGAUAAUGCGAGGCAUCAUACUGCAACAGGAGUUUGUGCGCUUCUUCAGAGAGACUCUGGACCGAAGAGUCUGCUGGUCCGACCGGUUUGAGUUCAUCAACGGCUGGUACAUCCUCCUGAUCAUCAGCGACAUCCUCACCAUCACCGGCAGCGUCAUUAAAAUCGGCAUUGAGUCUAAGACGAUGUCCUCCUAUGACAUCUGUGGCAUCCUGCUGGGGACCUCCACCCUCCUGGUGUGGGUGGGAGUCAUUCGGUAUCUCACGUUCUUCCAGAAGUACAAUAUCCUCAUCAUCACGCUGCGGGCAGCUUUCCCCAACGUGAUCCGCUUCUGCUGCUGCGUGGCCGUCAUCUAUCUGGGGUACUGCUUCUGCGGCUGGAUCGUGCUGGGCCCCUAUCACGUCAAGUUCCGCUCUCUGUCCAUGGUGUCCGAGUGUCUGUUCUCCCUCAUUAACGGCGACGACAUGUUCGUCACGUUCGCCGAGAUGCAAGAGACCAGCUCUCUGGUGUGGCUGUUCAGCCAGGUGUACCUGUACUCCUUCAUCUCGCUCUUCAUCUACAUGGUGCUGUCGCUCUUCAUCGCCCUCAUCACGGGAGCCUACGAGACAAUCAAGCAUCAGACCCAAGAACCCAUUCACAUCACAGACCUGCACGCCUUCAUAGCAGAAUGUACAGACGCCCCGAACUCUGGGAAGUUCCGGGGUCUGGAAACUUCGCCGUGCUCCUUCUUCUGCUGCUGCGACAGAACAACGACAUAUGAAGAUGUCCUGCUGGUGAACUGAGGCUGACCUCAACGACCUCUGGAGCCUCAGGAGCGCCCUCUGCCGGCCAGUGUGUCUCACUGCAUGCUCCCGGUGCCUCCAUCACGGUACAGAAAGUGGGUCAGGCUUCAGCGGCGCAGCAGAGGGGAUGUCGCCAUCAUCUGGACUCACACGCUCUGCACCAGGAAGCUUUAAAGCAGCCCUUUUAUAUGUCUGAAAGAAUCUCAAGCGAGGACUCCGGAGCAUCUCAGAAACUCCACGCACAGACAGACAUUUCUCUCGUUUUUAAAACAGAUUACAGUAUUUUUUAUCAUGUUUUUGUGAUGAAGCAGCAACACAGAGUGUUGUGUUGUAAAAGACCAAGUAGAGACCAUUACGGACGUCCUGUACUGCAGACUCGGUGCUGACUGUUUUUAAUGCUGGUUUUGUUUUUAAAGUGUUUUAAUUUACUCACCUUCUGAAACCUCUGCAAUAUUUUCCACACCGGACUCUCUCUUCUUGAUGAGUCCAUUAGAUCCCAACAUGCAGGACUGUGGCUCUGCAGGGCCAGGAGCGCCUCUGCCGCUCGCUCUCAUUGCCUUUUUAUCACUCCGGAACCCAUUUGACACUAGAAUCCUGUAAGCUCAGUUAAAUAUUGAAAGUGGGAAACCCCACAUCCUGAAGACUUUUCAGACAGUCAGAGUAACUCCAUGUUGUUGAAAAA